UAGGUAAAGGAAAGCGCGUCCCCGUCCGCAGCUGUGUUGCUCUACAGUGUGGAGAGCGCGUCUUGUGUUCUAAUCUAUUUCCGUAAUACAGACAGACACCUGCAAAAAUGUCCGAAGACAAGCCUAAGGAGGGAGUGAAAACGGAAAACGACCACAUCAAUCUGAAAGUGGCGGGGCAGGAUGGCUCAGUCGUCCAGUUCAAAAUUAAAAGGCACACGCCACUCAGUAAAUUAAUGAAAGCAUACUGCGAGAGACAGGGGUUGUCAAUAAGACAGAUUAGAUUUAGAUUUGAUGGACAACCGAUUAACGAGACAGACACACCGGCGCAGCUCGAGAUGGAGGACGAGGACACGAUUGACGUAUUUCAGCAACAAACCGGCGGCUCCUGCUAAAACUCCACACCACCCAGAACCCCCCCCCCCACACUUAUCUAUUUUAUUCCUCAUGAUGUUUCGUUCAGAUGCUUUCACAUCGUUUCCCCUUCUCUUUCUCUCUUUGUCUCUCUUGUCAUCAUUAGAGUGGGCAUCACAAUACGUGUUUCCAGUAAUAUUUAUAUACGCAAUGUUUAAACAGUUCCUAUGGUGGGAGAGCAAACAUCGAGCAGACCAUGAAGGGUGUAGUUCUUCACAUUGUCCACCACACAUCCCGGCAGGCUUUUUUAUUAUUUGUUAUGUUGCGCAGAAUCAAUGGCCAAUCACAUCAGGGAAGUGCAAACCCCUCCUCAGUGUAUUUGCCCAAUAAAAUUGAGGAAACAUGGUUAUUUUUUAUUUUUAUUUUCACCUUUCAAUUCUUAAGAGCUUUAAGGUAGGAACUCCGAUGCUAUUUGCCUGUAUGUGUUGUAGAAAUAUGUUCGACCAGUGUUGUAUUCAUCUGCCUUUUAAAAUGGGGCCGCUUCUUGUAUGAGCUCACUGUAGGGACGGGUUCUGUGGCCGUCUUAUUGGUCACUUAAAAUGAAGAGACUUGACUACGACACAAUUUGACAGCGACCCCCAACACCUUUUCUGGACCAAACCCCAAAGAUGGUACUCGAUCUGUUGAUAAGAGCAGGAUUACACCAACUAGUUCUAACUUUUUAAAUGUGUGUAGAAAUAUCCAUUUAUCAUUCCUGUUUCCACUUUCGUGUUGGUUGAGGAGACUGGAAUGACUUAAAGACCAAUACAUGUUUUGUUUUUCACCCCAAACUUUUUUUAAAAAUCCCCCAAACUAUGAGCAGAAAAGGGAAUCCUUUCAGGCUUUGAGGAAACGUUUCAGUCUUGGCUCGCAGGGCUGGUCUGAUACCUUUUAACAUCUCUAGCCUUCCUGCUGUUGUUCAUAUGGUUGAAAGGGAGAGAGGGUUUUAAAGGUUGACUCAAAGAUUUCCAGAUGUUGGCAUCCUUCUGUACUGAUAUGUACAUUUUUUUUUUGUUUUGUUGUUGUCCUUUACUACUGUAAACAAUAAAUAUAGUUUGGUACUCA